GUUGGGGGGAGCAAGGCAAUCCGUGCGUCGAAAACGUCAGUGAAGCAGCAUGGCGGAGAUGUGGUUGGAGUGUCUGUGCUCUGAGUGUGUGGGGAAAAAACACUCUCAGCCGAUUUAACAACAAAGAUCAGUGUCUAUUGCAUUUUUUUUUUGUCAAAUAAGUGUCUAUCUAAGAUGGAGAGCCACAGUGGUGGCAGCGUCCCUGCAUCGAAAUACAGCUCAGUGAAAUAUUACAUCCCACCCGAGACUUACGUUACACCAAGUCAAGAUGGCGAGCACUCUGGUACCGAGCAAGCUGGUGGUACCGAGACUAGACCGAGAACUGGAGUGUCUUCUACGCAAUAUAUUCCAAAGGCGGGGGACCACUUGAACUUUCAAAUACCGAGAAAGAACAAAGAAAAGAGAGCCUUGUUCCAGUAUGUGUCGUCAGAGUCCCGGGAGUUUGAAGACAUCUUGACCAUCCUGUCAUCCAACUACAGAGAAGCCAGCUCCAACGGGAUGUUCAUGUACACCAAGCCAAGACUGGUCCACAGUGAGCUGCUGGAGAAGGACUUUGUAGAGAAAAGGAGAGAGCUGAAGCAGGAUGGGAGGACGGAGAAGGAACUGGAGGAGACUCAUUGUUUCCUGAUGGCUGACACCACCAAGCUGCCAUGGAUCUGUGAGAAGGGCCUGCUUGUGGGGCACAGCUGGAUCACAGCUCUGGGGAACCCCUCCAAGGGUGUUUAUCUGUCUAAAAACUCAGACCUACUGCAGAUCAAUCCUUUUAACCCUGGAGUCAUGGGAGAGAUCAUCAUAUUCAAGGUCAUCAAGGGUAAAGUGAAGAGCAUCUAUGAGAACAUGUCAAAGAACCUUCUGGACCCCACGCCCAAGUUUGACAGCCAUUUCUCCAAAAACGCCAGCAAAGUGACAUCUCUCACCUCCUAUAGAGCAUACGAGCUUACUCAGCAAUACUUCUAUGAGUAUGACUUUGAUGAGCUGAAGGCUCGGCCGAGACACGUGUGUCCCUAUGCAGUGGUCUCUUUCCAGUUCAAAGGCAAAGAUGCUCCUCUUCAAGCCAAGCCCAUAGCUCCCCUGAGGUCAAACAGCCAAACGUCUGAAGGAAGUACAGGCAGGAGUAAAUACACAGUGUGGAGUGGAGAGCUGGUGAAUGAGGGUAGAGCAGUGUCCCAGGUCUCUUUCUGCUCCUUCUCACCCCCCUUCCUGCCUUUCAAACUGCCUGAGAAGCUGGAGUUGGGUCUGGUGAUGUGUAUAGACCAGGUGAAUCAGAUGAUCCCCUCAGCUUUGUUCUCCUGGAACCUGUACGCAGGCAGCCACGAAGUGUUGAAGAAUGGAACCUACUGUAGUCUGCUGGAGGUAGUGGACAAGAGCAAGUCAGGUGACUGUCUGGCAGCACUGCUACAAGGCCUGGAAACACAGAGACUGGUGCUUGUCCACGCGUUGGCUGACAAAGGAUUCCUCUUCCUCCUGUCUUCAGUUCAGAUGGCUGCUCCAACUGAAAGAAGAGAUGGGUGGAAAAGAGGCCUUCAAGCACUCUUUGUUUUUCAAGAGUCGAGGGAUGUGACAAAAUACAAUACAAACUGUCCAGCUACCCAGGAGCCUUUGCAGUCGUCAUUUUCCCAUGACACUGUGAUGCCCCAGCUUAAAAGCUUUGUCCCGGCUCUGCAUCAUGCCCUGGUCAAGGUGCGCUGCAACCCGCCUGCUGACCUCUCGGCCGGGGUCGAGCACCAGGCCAGGGACUACCUAAGUGGACUUCACGAUGGAAAGCUCCGCCACGUUCCCAUGACUGAGUACGACGUCAAGCUGGAUGACCGAGGGAAGCUGUUCCCGGCUCCAAAACACCACAAGCUCAACAUGGAGGGUUACCUGCGCUCCUACGUCUACAGCCCUAACCUCUACACCAUGCCCGUGGUCCGGGCCAAGGAGAUGAUGGAGAGUUACUGUGUUGUGCCUGAUAACAUCAGCCCUGUGACUGAUUGUGAGGGUGGUAGUAGGGCCAGCGGGGACAAGCCAGUGGUAGGAUCAAAGGUCAAGCCUAAUGGUCCCACUGCUGCCCAGCCUCCGGCGGUCCAGGUUAACCUCUCUCCGUUUCAGUCUCGCACUGACUCCAACCCUCAGAAGGUGAAGGAGCUGAUCAACUUGAUACUGAAGUGUCGGAAGAAUGCAGAGGGGGAUGUGAGGAAGAGGGGAGAGGCGCAGGGAGGAGCGAAGGAGGGGGCAGGCCUGUUGGACCCCCGAGGGCUGAAGAGGAAGCUGGAGAGGGAGACUGCAGAGAGGACUCUGAAGUACCUGAAAAAGGCCUCACAGGAGAGGGGCGGAGUGGACAGCAGACCAGCUGAAGGGGGCCAGAACCCGUCCUGUCUGUCCUCUCUGAUGCUCCACAGUGUGGGUCUGAAAGACGUGGACCUGAGGAGAGACGGAUCAGAGGCUGCAGUCAAGUUACUGAAAAUGUUAACCAGCCUGAAGAAUGCUGCAGGGCAACAGCCACAGAGUUCUGACGGCAGAGGAGGAGGGUCAAGAGAGGGGGCGGAGCAAACUGAAGCUCUGCUGUUUGAUAGGAUGAUCAAGCUGGGUCUGCCGCCCAAUCAGGACAUUGACCUGAGGAAACGACCUUCUGGGGGCCUACAGGACAAGGCUGACUACUUGGAGGAGCAGGCAGCAGGCAGUAUGAGCAGUCUGGAAGGCUUCAGCCCCAGUUCCAAUGGUGAAACACCCAGGAGAUUGCACUCGCAAUGUCAGGGGGAGGAGCAGAUUCCAUGGGUCCUCAUCCCCAUUACAGGGCUGAAGUGGAAGAAGUACUGCCAGAGAGAGAAGGACAACCCUCAGGACCCGCGCUUCGUACCCCAGAUCCCCAUGGCAACCAGCAGCUACCCCCGCUGUGUUCCGGAGCGAAGGGAAAGAAACGUCACCCCUACCCUAGAGGAGCCCCCAGAGCCUAGCCCCAGUCCUCCCCUAGAGGAGCACCCAGAGCCUAGCCCCAGUCCUCCCCUAGAGGAGGCCAGUCCCUGUCCCAGUCCCUGUCCCAGUCCCUACCCCAGUCCCUACCCCAGUCCCUGCUCCAGUCCCUACCCCAGUCCCAUAGAGGAUGAUGAGCAAUUAGCUGAAACCCCCUGUGACCCCACAGAAAUAACCAACAAUGAAAAGACAACCACAGAUGAGACAAACCAGAGCCUCCUUCUGGUCCCUGUUACUCCAGAGAGCACCAGCCUCCCAGAGAAAAGCAGCAGCCCCUCCCCUGAGCCAGGGCCAGCUGAAGAACCAAUCCAUACUAACCCCAUAGAGGCUGGUCAGGAACAAGCUGAAGAACCAAUCCAUACUAGCCCCAUGGAGGCUGGUCAGGAACAAGCUGAAGAACCAACCCAUACUAGCCCCAUAGAGGCUGGUCAGGAACAAGCUGAAGAACCAACCCAUACUAGCCCCAUAGAGGCUGGUCAGGAACAAGCUGAAGAACCAACCCAUACUAGCCCCAUGGAGGCUGGCCAGGAACAAGCUGAAGAACCAAUCAAUACUAGCCCCAUAGAGGCUGGUCAGGAACAAGCUGAAGAACCAACCCAUACUAGCCCCAUAGAGGCUGGCCAGGAACAAGCUGAAGACCCAAACACAAUAGAGGUUGAACAGGAGGAGGAGGUUAAAGAGGUAGAGGAACAGGUCAAGGAGGGAGAUAAGGAGGAGGAAGACCUGAUGGAAGUGCUAGAUGGGGUGGAAGAGCAGCUGGAGGAAGGGGAAUUAGUGGAGGAAGAGAACGAACAUGUGGAGACAGAGUUGAAACAGACAGGGCAGGUGUCACCCAGACCACCCUCCUCCAUUCCUCCCAUCCAGAAUCCUCCUGUCCAGAGACCUGUUCUGACCAGAGUGGAAAGUAUCCUGGACCAGCAGUUCAGUGACUUCUCCACAGAGAUGCAGAUCCUCCUGCUCAGAGAGAGCGUCCACUACAGCUCAUCGCUCCUCCAUACCCAGAAUGCUUCACAGCAGCUCCCGGUGCAUCCGCUCCUGCACUUCUCGGAGUACGUCUCCUUCUACAACUCGUCCCCUCCAAUGCAGGCCUACGUCACCUCGCUCCGAGACCGCAUGGGCACCAUCAUAAACGUACAGGACCAAUGGAUUCCCGGCAUGUUAGCCACCCAACCUGCCCUGGUCUCGUCUAUCACUAACCGCCACCAUGCUAACCACUCUCCUCCAACCACUACAUACUGGAACCAUUCUUUCUGUGGCCCUGUGUCUCAGCCUGUCCCCAGCCAGCGCCUCUCUCCUGCCUCUACUCCUGGCCUUGCUGUGUCACAGUCUGUCCCCAGCCAGCGCAUCUCUCCUGCCUCUACUCCUGGCCUUGCUGUGUCACAGUCUGUCCCCAGCCACCGCCUCUCUCCUCAGUCUGUCCCAAGUCGUCACUCUCCUGGCCUGUUUGGUCCUGAUAGCUCAAACUCUUACAGUUCUCUACCCGUGUCUCAUUUUAAUAAUAAUAAUCGCACAAUGAUUCCCUCUUCAUCGUUUCCCGGCACGGCCUAUUCUCCUACUCUCUACCACAACCCACCACAGACACAGAUGGGACUACCGCAACUCAGCUCCAGUCUAGCCCCCCUGUCCCUCCAACCACUGGACAGUCAAUGGACAACUUCAACACAGAACCCUGACUCAGGCGGGAGACUGGGAACCUGCAAGCCAAGUGAUAUGUCAAAAGCAAAUAAUUGGACAACAACAACACAGAACACUGACUUUGAUGUCCGAGGGCUACGAGCAAAGUUCACGCCGCAAACAAGUGCAAUGUUUGAAGCAAAAGAUGAUGUCGUAAUGUUGGAUCAGCCGGUUUCAGAAGCCACCGUGGCGGCUCCACCUCCUCCUCGCACUCAGAUGAUUGACAGUUUGUCAGGGGUGGGCGGGCCAGUGGUAGAGCCUGUCCCAGGGCCAGGUCCCGCCUCCCCUUCAGCCAUCAGUAGUCUGAUCAGCCAGCUGAAGCCUGAGUUGUUCAGUAACCUGGUGGAGAUUAUAAAGGAUGUCCAGAAGAACUCUGUCCAGUUCUACAUCCACACACAGGAGAGGGAGGUCUCCCACCACAUCAAGGAGUACCUCCAGAGGUUGGGUAACGUGGAACGCAGUCCUGUGAGUUUCCUGGAGAGAGAGAACCGGAUGGACAAACUAAUGGUUCUCAUCCAGAACAAGGACAUUGCAGCGCACAUUCACAAGAUCCCGGCGCUGGUGCGGUUGAAGAGGCAGCCGUCGGUGAUCUUCGCUGGAGUAGACAGUCUGGACGAUGUGAAGAACCACACCUACAACGAGCUGUUUGUCUCUGGGGGAUUUGUCGUCUCAGAUGAGUUUGUCCUAAACCCUGACUACAUCACUCACGAGCGUCUGCGGGUGAUUCUGAUGUUCCUGGACCAACAGAACUCAGCAGAGAGUGUGUGGAGGUGGAGGGUCCACUGGAAGACCCAGAAGAAACUCAAGGAACAGUCCAGGUUUAAAAGUGAAGCCAGGAAGAUCUUGAACCUACUGACCACGUACCAGAAGAAAAACAUUGUGGAGUUCCUGCCAUACCAUGAGUGUGACGCUCCAUCUCGCCCCGCCCCCGACCUGGACUGUCUCCUCAAGCUGCAGGCACAGCACAUUCAGCAACGACACAUCAUCUUCCUCACAGAGAGCCACUUCGAGAUGUUCCCCCACUACUCCAGUACUGGCAUCGUCAUCGCCAACAUCAACGACAUCAUGCACAACUUCGGUGGCCUAGUUGGUUUCCAUGACAUCAGAGACAAGCGGUCUACCUCAGUAGACCUCAUAGCUGCAGCUACUACAGUCCGAGAGGAAAAGCAUGUGCUGGAAGAACCGAUCCUUCUGGACUCCCCCUCCUCCCCAGAUCGCCUGGUGGACCGCCUGUCCACUCCGCUAAACGAGGACGACUUCCGUCCAUCCCUCCCCGACCAGCUUGUUCCUGACGCGGGGACACCCAUGGAGCUCAACUUCCAGGCCCUGAAGGAGGCCAUCUCUCAGUUCAAGGCUGAUAAGGCUGCUCGCUCACAGAUGGCACCUCAAGAGGUGGAUGGGGAGAGACCAGAGUCCCCACCAGGACCAAGGAUUCCUGGCCUGGGUACAGACUCACCAGGGUGUCUAGGGGACUCUGGAGUUGGUUUCCUCACUCCUGGUUUCACCCCUUCCCCGGUCUCUCUCCUUGGUCCUGUCCCUCUCCACUCCAGCCAGUCCCCUGCUGGGAUCCAGAAGGAAGUGGGACUGACCCCCACAUGGCAGGCUAAAGAAGCUACCCUCUCCUCACUCCACUCUAAGCUCGGUCUGAGUGUAACUGCUGGUGCCGAGGUGACCAGUGACAUGUCUUUGUGUGGCUCCCAGGGCAGACUGAACACUUUCAGCAGCCACCGGGAUCCUUUAGCUGGCAUUGUCACUGAGGGUCAUGGGGAGUCGGGGGCCACACCCAGCAACACUAACGACCCCCCAGGCCCUGAGCCUCCAAGGUCCCAGGGGGAGAACACUAAACCCAGCCCAGUAGAAGGCAGCCUCCAGGGGGGAGGAGGAAUGACUGACAAAUCCCCUAGCAGCCCCCUCCCUGGUCCUCCAGGUCCCAGGGCAGCAGCCCCCCGGCCAGUUGGUGGUGGGGAUUACAUAGCGGCAGCGACAGACAGACUGGCACAGGCAGCCAGACAGCAGCAGAGAAACGGCUUGUUACCCAUGCCUAAUACACUGUUCCUUAACAGUAACCUUGGCAUGAGCAUAUUCCAAAGGCCCAUGUUGAAUAGGCUGGAAGGACCUGCAGGACGGGGGGGUAUUAGACCAUUGAUGCCUAAUGCCAUUGGCUGGGCUAGGAUUGGCCAGGCAGGGGGGUCAGAGUCCUGUCUAUGGGGCCUUCAGCAGCAGAACAUGGGGCUGGGGCGCCACACGUUCCCUUCACGACUGAUGGGUAACCCUCAUCACCCCUGGGGUAGUAACCAGACUGCUAACCAGGGGCGUGGGAAUGGUCCUUGGAAGCGGUGACGAACGGCCGAGUGAACAAACAAGAGUUGUGUUCAGUAGGUAUCAACCUGAAAACACGGAGGAUUUACCGGGAUGUUCGUUUUUGUUUUCUGUUGUGGCCAGAUGGAUAGUGAGCAACUAGCACGACUACCUACUUGACCGAGUCAAAUCUCUUCUACACAUUACAUUUCUUACUGAACCCUCCUGUCCCAAACAGGCCCCACUAGUGAAUCUUCAUUUAUGAUCCUAAAGAAGCGCUUUACUUGACCGGAAAUAACUUUUUUCCCCUUCCAGAUGGUAAAGCCAGCUGUGGCCUGGCUGGUGCUGCCUGCUGAUGAUACUACUCACUAACCUGUCAGAUCUUGUCAAACCAAACAAUUAUAUUUGUAUUUUCUAGGAAAACUUUUUGUUAUUACUUGUUUGUUUAGGGGCUGUAUUCAAUCAGAUCCCCUUUAGCCGACAUCUGCGUAGUGGUUGUUUCGGCGGUGGAACAGCAGAGCUGUCAAAUCCACUAGCAGCUCCUGGCAUUAUACCCAGUGGACAUUGCCAUUGUCUGAACGGUGUUGCAUUAAGAGAAAUCCCAUUAUAAGUUUGAACAGUGGAAUGUGAGAUGUAGUCUACACCUCCAUUAGGAGAUAGAAACCCUCAAUAUUAAGUUUCAGGAUUGUUCAAUUAGAGCGUGAUUAUUUCUAUAUAGCCUACACUUCCUCAUUCUGAACGUCUAAUGGGAGAGAGCCAGGUGUGGCUGAGUGAUAAUUAUCACAAGAGCAGCUGCUCACUGAUUUGAUGCCUCAGUUUGACCUUCAACACCACUAAACUACGCUUGAUCUGAUUGAAUCUAGGCCCAAGUUAAUAUCCUUGUACCUUUUUUGGUUUUGUAAAGAAGUAUACUGUAGCCAUGUGGCCUUGUACAGAAAACCAGUGGUUUUUAUCUUAAUGUUAUUUUUUACAACUUUGUUUGUAUUAAAACAUGCUUGUCAAAAUUA